AUGACUCAAGGAACAAAUCGAGAUCAAUUUGGCGACGGAUAUUUCACGAUCUGGCAACAUGCUGACGGUCGACUAAAACUCAACGGACCGUUGAAUGGAAAUACUGAAUUCGACGAGGUUGAAUACUACGUCGACUGCGAUGAUGAUUCCUGGACAAACAUUGCUAUUUCUCAGAAACCACUUGAAGGAGGACUUUUAGAACUGAGUAUGUACCAAGAUGGAGAACUCCUCGGCUCGAACCGAGUUCAUUCUAGCGACGCUUUUAGCGGACCAAUCAAGGUCUACGCUUCGAAUCCGUUUAUGCCUCCAGCGGACUUCUUCCAGAUAAGAAACUUCAUUCAUCGAUCAGCUCCCUACGAGCCUGCUUCUUGUGAUGCUACUGACCCAUGCGAUGGCAUCCACGAGUGCGAAACAUUCAUCAAUUCCUGUGCAGUCGCGCCCUGGCGAGGAACCCGCCUUGCAGAACCAAACGCUCACGAUCAAUUCAAGAUCUCCGCUGAAGUUUUCUGCACCGAUCGAGUUGCGUCGAACUGGGAAAAUGUGCUUCACGUUCAUACUGGAACCAAUCGAGAGAAAUUCGGCGAUCGAUAUUUUACGAUUUGGAAGCAAGGAGGACACGCGGAUAGAAUUCGUAUUGUCGCACCUGCAUUUGACAAUCCUCAUUAUGAGCUAAACGCGUACGUCGAUUGCGCUCCUGGAUGGCACACGUUUACCGUUCAACAAUCCAAAUUUGAUGGAAACAAGAUGAACCUUGAGAUCAUUUUCGACGGGGAUGUGGUUGAGUCCCAAGUUGUCGAGAAAAACAAUCUCUACAGCGGUCCUCUCUUUGUAGACGUCUCCAACGAAUUCGCGUGGCCCGCUGCGUACGAUCACCUCGUCCGAAACUUUUUCCAUCAAAACAUCGCCUGUGCUGAUCCAUGCGUUGGCAAAGAAAACUGCCAGACAAUUGUGAACGAGUGCGAAAUCCUUCCGGUAACGAAUACGAAGAUCAUGGAAGUUGAGGCAUCGCUCAAUUUCAAAGCUUCAGUCGAAGUUCUUUGCGACCACUCGUUGCCACUUGACGGUCAAUGGAAGAAUAUUUUCCAUAUGACCGGCGGUGAGAAUUAUGGCUCGCCAGGAGAUCGAACUUUCGCCAUGUUCCGCUCAAGGAAUGAUAAUCAAUUGCUCAUAACAGUUAACGACCCAGCUGGAAGCAAUCACCAAAAAUACGUCUAUGACGAGUGCAGCCAGGGAAGAUGGAACGAAUAUUCCGUUGAAGUCCGUCAAGUUGAAAAUAACCCGUCUCUCGUUCGAUAUGUUCUGAGUGUCAACGAACGAGAAGUUCUCGAAGGUUUCUACUCGCGAGACGGAACUUUGUCCGAAGGUCCUAUCCACGUUUAUGCAGCUGAUGACUAUUAUCAGACUGCAACAGCUCAUGCUAUCCGAAACUUCUAUUAUCAGACGUUCGAUGAGCUUGAUGGUAUAUCUUGUGAUGAUCCAACCGAUCCUUGUGAAGAAGAAGGACUCGAUAACUGCAACACAAUAGUUGAUAGCUGUCCGGUCGCUCCAGAGCCAAAUAAACAAAUUGGAACCGUCGAUGCAUCGCUCAACUACAAACUAUCCGUUGACGUUCUCUGCAGUCACAUGAUGCCUCUUGAUGGUCAGUGGAAAAACAUCUUCCACGUUACUGGAGGAGAGAACUAUGGACAACCAGGAGACCGAACAUUCGCCAUGUUCCGGAAUCGAAACGAAAACAAACUUCUCAUCGUAGCCAACGAUCCCAACGGAAGCAACCAUCAAAGCAUCCGAUACGUAGACUGCAACGAUGGCGAGUGGAACACGUAUUCUCUUGAAGUGAGACAAGAUGAGACCUCAAUUAACAUACUCAAAUACGCCAUUUUCAUCGACGGGGUUGAAAUCGAUGCCGGACUUUACAGCAAAGACGGUGCACUCACCGAGGGCGAUCUCAAAGUAUUCGUUUCUGAUGAUUACUACGAUUCAGCCCUUACCUUCCCUGUUCGAAACUUUUUCUAUCAAACAUUUGACGAAAUCGAAGAAGUGGCUUGCGAGAAUUCUACCGAUCCCUGCGAUGGCCUUGAAAACUGCACAACAGUUGUGGAUAGCUGCCCGAUCAAUCCGAAGAAAAAUGUCGAAGUCGGAACUAUCAGUGCUUCCCUCAACUACAAGUUCUCAGCUGAUGUUCUUUGCAGCCAUACUAUGCCUCUUGAUGGCCAGUGGAAGAACAUUAUUCAUGUAACGGGAGGAGAGAACUACGGAAAUCCCGGUGAUCGAACAUUCGCCAUGUUCCGAAAUCGAAACGAAAACAAGCUUCUUAUCGUUGCUAACGACCCCACUGGAAGCAACCACCAAAGCAUAAGAUACGUUGACUGCAACGAUGGCGAAUGGAACACAUAUUCUGUCGAGCAUUGA